CACUCUAUAUUCCUUCUGCUCUUCUUCAACAAACAUCACAACGUUCCAUUUACAUUUUAUGCCCCCUUCUUCUGUAUAAAUUCGAAAAAUAAUUAAAGAAAUUAAUUCAUAUAAUGGAAGAAUAUCUGGAACAAUCAAAAUCAUUUUCGUCGGAAAAUGGAGAUUUGAGUGACGCCAUUAGAAUUGAAGAUGAAGGUGGAGAAGACGAGCAAUUUUACGAGAAAAUUGAGGCCCCUAAGUUCGUUGAUUUCACUGUCCCCGACCAUUACUGCCCGGAUGAUCGUUACUGGUUUUGCCUUCGCGUUGGAUGUGACCAAAAGCACGAGGAGGACAUGGAUUCCGAAGCAAUCUAUAAAAACUUUCUUCUUCGGGUAAUGGCAGCAAGGAGUCCCAAUGUAAAACUUCGGAGAACACUCAAUAGAAAUGCUUCCAAAACACCUAUAAAAUGUCCGCAUUCAGCUCCUCCAAAAUCUUCAAAGUGUACAUUAUCAUCAAGAUUAGCAGUGAUUUCGUCAAUUUCUCAAAAGAUGGUCAAUGACAAAUCAAAAGUUGUUAGGCCUCUUCUGAAGCCUGAGUCUACUCCAAGGAACAAGACGAAGCCGGUUGCUGCUAAGUAUCUUACAACUCCAAGGAACAAAAGUGGCCUCCCAAAUUCGAAUUCCUUCCGUAGUGUUAGGAAUCCAAAACCAACCACUAUUGAAAUCUCAGAAAACCGCCCCAUAGCAAAGACUCUGGUCUUUCACUCUCCCAAGAAAGCUAUCAAGGUAAAGACUUCUGUGGAAUUGCGUAUGCCCUCGACAAAAUUAUGUGAAGGAAUGAAAAGGCUUGAAAUCACUAGUCAGAAGAAGAAACCCUUUUUGGGGUAUUCUAGCAAAUCUUUGAAGAAUUUGGACAGUAAUAGAAAUUGUAAAAGAGGACUGUUGAGUGGCAGCAAGAAGGUUCAAAGAACAGCUGGGGAACAAUUAGAUUCUGUAGCUUGUAUCAAGCAGGAAACUAAGUCCGUAAGAUCUGUGAAAAGUAGUAAGAGCAAAGGGAAGUUGUCAAGACAGUGUGUCCCGAAAGAAUUGGUGAAAAAUGGCCCUGGUGAUUUGAAUAUUGAUGUAAAAUCAAGAGCUGAUGACACUUCAACAAUCAGCAUUGGUAUAUUGGAGGAUGCCUCAAGAACAGGAGCACACUUGCCAAAUGCAGAAGAGAGGAGCUUAGAGGGAAGUACUAACCCAAUUUCUGAAGAACCAAACAGACAAGUGAAUGAUCACAGUAAUGCCAACGAACUGAAUGAUAAACUGAAAUUGGGUUCAAAAAACAAACGACGCUCUAAAGAUGUCCCAGAUGAGGCUGAGCACAAUCCUUCCAAGGGAACAACACAUGAGAACGAACCAAUGGAUAGCGAUGACAAAGAAAACGCUGUGGGCUUUGGAGAGAACAGAGGUGACACUCAUAGUCAGAAGCAGGAUGGAAUAAAAAUCCUUGGGGUGCAGGACACAUCUGGAAACAUUAGAAAGGUUGCUGAAGCACAUGAAAUUUUGCAGCAGGAUAAUGUUGCCCCAGUGUUGAAGUUCCAGAAACCAAAGCCAACAACCCCUAAACCUUUUAGGCUAAGAACUGACGAAAGAAUGAUGCACAAGGAAGCUCACUUGGAGAGGAAAAUUAAAUUUCAAUCUCCUCGGUCUGAUAGUGCAGUUUCAACACUAGCUGGAAAGACGUGCAUAAAGGAAGUAAAUGAUAUUCAACUUUUACAGGGGCAAGAGAGAGCAAAAACAGCAGCCAAUGCAACACCUCAACGGUCUCAUAUUUUAAAAAACCAGGAGCCAACAACGCCUAUGGCAUCCCCUCUGAAAAAUAAUGCGAUUCAAAGGUUGGAGAAGUUUAGAAAAAUGAGAUCGCCUCAGCAGCAACAUUCUAUUCAGCGUCAAGGGCUGUAUUCAACAAAGAGGGCAAUUCCUUCUUGCUUGAUUCCUGGACAAAAAAUGGAAGUGAUACAUGAAACAUCAGUCGUGAGGGAAAUGCCUUCUUACUUGAUUCCGGGACAAGAAAUGGAAGUGAUACAUGGAACUGCAGUUCGAGCUCCAAACCGUGAAAAGAGAGGAAACUUGGCAGGAAAUGUAAGAAAGCCCAUAACCAUUGUAAAGGAGCCUAACUUCCAUAGCACCCAUGUAUCGAGGAGCUGCAGUAGGAACAACCUUACGUGAGAUUUUCUUCACAAGUGGCCUUGUCUUUUGUUCAAUUUUUUAUUGAAUUUAUGUGUUUCUUCUUCUUCCUGUUUAUGAAUUUUCAAUUUUACAUGGUUUAUUUUCUCGGAGUUUUUCUGUUGAGAUGUGUAACAUGUUGUAACGAAAUGAAACUAAUGUACUAUUGUAGCCAACUUAUGCAACAAAUUUGAUUAGUCUCUUUAA